AGCCGUCUUCUCAUCCUUUUCGCCAUUCACAGCAGCCUCUGUAUUCAACUCCUUCACUGCCACCACCCAAACCACCACCAACGACAAUGGCUGAGAGAGGCGGCGAGCGCGGCGGAUUCGGCCGAGGAUUCGGACGCGGACGCGGACGCGUUGGGGAUCGCGGCCGCGGUGGUCGUCGCCGUGGAGGUGGAAGACGUGAGGAAGAGGAAAAAUGGGUACCAGUCACGAAGCUCGGAAGGUUGGUGAAGGAAGGAAAAAUCACAUCCCUCGAACAGAUCUACCUCCAUUCUCUUCCCGUCAAGGAGCACCAAAUCGUCGAUACCCUAAUCGGUCCCAGCUUGAAGGACGAGGUCAUGAAAAUCAUGCCAGUGCAGAAACAGACCAGAGCCGGACAGAGGACACGGUUCAAGGCCUUCGUCGUCGUCGGAGACGGAAACGGUCACGUCGGUCUCGGAGUCAAAUGCAGCAAGGAGGUCGCCACCGCUAUUCGUGGGGCUAUCAUCCUUGCUAAGCUCUCGAUUAUACCGGUGAGGAGGGGUUAUUGGGGUAACAAGAUCGGAAAGCCCCACACCGUGCCUUGCAAGGUCACCGGUAAGUGUGGCUCGGUCACCGUUAGGAUGGUUCCGGCUCCUCGUGGUGCGGGAAUCGUUGCCGCUAGGGUUCCGAAGAAGGUCUUGCAGUUCGCUGGGAUUGAAGACGUCUUCACAUCCUCCAGGGGCUCUACCAAGACUCUGGGAAACUUUGUCAAGGCAACAUUUGAUUGUUUGCUGAAGACCUAUGGAUUCCUUACGCCUGAGUUUUGGAAGGAGACCAGGUUCACAAAAUCACCAUUCCAAGAGCAUACAGAUCUACUGGGUAAGCCAGUUGGGAAACUUCUUAUCGAGGCUUCUGAGAGGAUUGAGGCUUAAGAGUUACUGCGAUUCAUUCAAGCAUUGUCAGAGCAUUAGAAUGAAAUUGUGUUUGAUCUAGGGGACAUUUCUUAGCCUGGUUAAUCAUGUUUUUCCCUUUCAUAAGAGAUGGUAUGUUUUUAUUUUUAUUUUUUAUUUUUGUUGCUGUUAAAUUUUGUUAUAUCUUUUUUUUGGGUUUACUGUUAAUCUAAGUUUUUGAGUUGAAAUGACUUUAAGCUUUCGUUUUUGGACGGUAUUUAUAAUUUUAUGCUAUAAGAUUUCUUCUUAUC